AAUAAUAUGCAAAAUAAGGAAAAAUGGCUUAAUCACUUUCUUUUUCUUCUUCUCGAAAACGUAUUUUACAAUUAAUCUGCUUAUCACAACUCCAACACAAACCUGUAAAUUUCGAGCACCGUAGAUGAACAAUGACACCCAUACAACUCAUCAUCUUCUUCUCACUCACACUCAUCACUACCAAAAUACUCAAACUCUGUUUUUCUGCAAUCAACGCUAGACAAAACAGGAAAACCGCGGUCGGAUUCUUCCAUCCAUACACCAACGACGGCGGCGGCGGAGAAAGGGUUCUGUGGUGCGCCGUCAAAGCUAUCCAGGAAGAGAAUCCUGACCUUCAAUGCUUUGUUUAUACAGGCGAUCACGAUGCUACACCUCAAUCGUUGUUCAAUCGUGCACUUGAUCGAUUUGGUGUUACCCUUCUGUCCCCUCCUAAGGUGGUUCAUUUGUACAAGAGGAAGUGGAUUGAAGAAACGACUUAUCCACACUUUACUAUGAUCGGUCAAAGUCUAGGCUCUAUGUAUCUUGCAUGGGAAGCUUUGUGCAAGUUUACCCCUUCCUAUUAUUUUGAUACAAGUGGAUAUGCUUUUACAUAUCCCCUUGCUAGGUUUUUUGGAUGCAAAGUUAUUUGCUAUACGCACUAUCCUACUAUCAGUUCAGACAUGCUAUCCCGUGUUCGUCAACGCAGCUCCAUGUAUAAUAAUGAUGCCUUGGUUGCCAAAAGUGUUUGGCUUUCUCGGUGCAAAAUAAUCUAUUACACAAUCUUCAGCUGGUUGUAUGGGAUUGUUGGAUCUUGUGCACAUCUAGCUAUGGUGAAUUCAUCUUGGACCAAAGCCCAUAUUGAAAAGCUUUGGGGAGUUCCAGAUCGGAUUAAGCGAGUUUAUCCUCCUUGUGAUACUUCAGGACUUCAGGUGCUUCCUUUGGAAAGAUCGGCUGAAAUUCCUGUAAUAAUAUCGGUUGCACAAUUUCGACCAGAGAAGGCUCACAGUCUCCAACUUGAGGCCUUUUCAGUUGCCAUUAAGAGAUUAGAUUCUGGCUUGUCAAAACCUAAGCUCCAAUUUGUCGGCAGCUGUAGAAAUAAAUCAGAUGAAGAUAGACUGCAAAUGUUAAAAGAUAAAGCAAUUGAGCUGAAUGUGAAUGAACAAGUGGAAUUCCACAAGAAUGUAACAUACAGAGAUUUGGUGGGACUUUUAGCCGGCGCUGUUGCUGGCAUCCAUUCCAUGACAGACGAGCAUUUUGGGAUUAGUGUUGUAGAAUAUAUGGCUGCCGGUGCCAUCCCAAUAGCUCAUAAUUCAGCCGGCCCAAAAAUGGACAUUGUAUUGGAAGAAGAUGGACAGCAAACAGGAUUUCUCGCCUGCUCCAUUGAAGAAUAUGCAGACGCAAUUUUCGGAGUCAUUAAGAUGUCAGAGACGGAGAGACUUAAGAUGGCCGCUGCUGCAAGGAAACGAGCAAGUAGGUUUUCUGAGCAGAAGUUUUCCGAUGAUUUCAAAGCCGUAGUACGCCCUAUUCUCAGUCGUGUUUCUAGAUGAUAAUCUACAAACUAAUCAGCAUUAUCGUAGUUUAAAAUGGAUAGUUUCUUGUCUGCCAGGCUAACCAUCGGCGAAUGUAUAAGCCAAGAAUUUUGUUACAGAAAUAGUUAAACUUUUUUACUUUCAUUUCUUAGUACAUGUACAGAGGAUUGUUGGAAGUUGGAUUGUAAUAUAAGAAGAAAAUAUUUAAUCAAAUCUGAAUUAUGUUUCCAUGUAAA